ACCAGAAGUGCGUUGCUGUCAAAGUGUUAAGCAGUACCUAGUGCCUUCUCACAUAACCCCUUCAAUAGAGACAUACCUAUCAAAAUGCCGUUCAUGUCCGGGCUCACUACGUUUUCCUUCAACAAGGAGAGCUUCUGGGCCGCUGGAGGAUUCAUGUUUGUCAAGAACUUGCUGUUACUGAUCAACUUUCUGUCAAUGUUGGCGGGUCUUAUUCUCAUUGGCGGAGGUGCCUACCUUAUUUCGAGCACAGGACCCGAAGGUGCAGAUUUUAUCAACUUGGGUGGAACAGUCGCAACGGCUGCCGUCGUAAUCGGUGUUAUUGUCACAAUCGUCUCAUUCCUUGGAUGUUUCGGAGCUGCCAACGAGAAAGGCAUGCUGCUCAAAACCUACUUUGCACUAUUGAUCAUCUUGGUCAUUCUCGAGAUUUCUGUUGGAAUCGCUGCAUACUCAAAACGAAACACUGUUGAGAAUGCAUUGGAGGGUGCCUGGAAAGAGGCGCUUGCUGCGAAGCACACUACGGCCAUCAUGCAGAUCGAAAUCACGUUCGAGUGCUGUGGAUACGCAGACAAUUCCACUGCCUGGCCCGAAGAGAAUUGUCAAGAAUUCUUCCAUUUCCCUACCCUGAAGACGUGCGCAGAGGCUGUCAAGGGUAGCCUGCGUGGUUCUUUGGGUACAAUUGGGGCUGCCGGCCUGGUCAUUGGAAUUAUCGAGCUCAUUGGACUCGUAUUCUCAGCAGUAAUGUUUAGGAAGAUUGCACAGAGAGAGCAAGCAGCUGGUUCGCUGCUAAACGAGGCAUGGAGAAUCAACCGAAACAAGAUUCAGUACGGAUACCAGAACUAUCAAUAUGUGUAAUGGACCGCCUUCCCGCUUGAAAAGCAUUCUAUGGUGAUUUUACGUACAAUAAAUUGAGCGUCAUACUAUAGUCAGUAAUACAAUCAUUCAAGUCCCCA